UCCAAAUGUGAAACAUUCUAUAGAUCUAGAAUCCUAGGAAAAAUGUCUUCACCUUUAAAGUUAUUACAUAAACUAGGCAAAAGAGUUUGGAGGAGCAAAGGCAACAUCAUCAUCGAAGAAGAAGAAGAUCACAAUAUUGAUCAUAAUAAUGAUGAUGACAAUCAAGCUGUAAAAAUGUUACGCGAAUCACUACUCCAAGAUCAGGUAGGGGAUGAUCCAAAUGAUGAUCGACAUGAUUUUCAUACACUUCUUCGGUUUCUGCAUAUGAGAGAUUAUGAUAUUAUGAAAGCUAAAGACUCAUUUAUCAAGCACUUAAAAUGGAGGGAGGAGUUUGGGGUUGAUGCCAUUGCUAAGGAGUUUAAGUUUGUUGAAUUCAGAGAUGUUCAGAGGUUUUACCCUCAUGGGUUUCAUGGUAGGGAUAGAAGUGGGAAUCCAGUUUAUAUUGAGAGGUUGGGGAUGAUAGACCUUGAUGGCCUUCUUCAGGUAACAACUAUGGAAAGACUGGUUAAGCAUCAUGUUUACGAGCAGGAGAAAACUUCGCGGUUAAGGUACCCUGCGUGUACCGUUGCAGCAGGGAAGAAGAAGAAGCGAAUUGGUACUACCACGGUAGUUGUUGAUGUCAAGGGGUUAGGAACCUCAAGCUUUUCAAAGCAAGCAAGGUAUUUGUUCUUGGAGUUUCAGAAGAUUGACAGCAAUUACUACCCAGAUACUCUCAACUGUUUGUUUAUUGUCAACGGAUGA